CCCCGAAGGAAAAGAACUAGAUGGCGGCGAAGUGGGUCUCUGCAGCUACGCUGCAAUGGCUGCAACUAACAAGUCCAGAUUCAAUUCCCUCUGGCUGCAGGCAGUUCAAUUCCCUGCAUCUGGUCGAGGAGAGCGCAUUGAGACCUGACAGGAAUUAGAGGAGUGCUGUGGUCAUUUGAAGAAGCCAUGGACCACAAUCGUUGUGUGCCAGCACUCCUGUUCCUUGUUCUCAAUUUUGUGCUUUCAAACAGCUGCCAGGGCACUCCUAAUGUGGGUACUAAGCCCCUUCUGCUCGACAACAAGCAUGCAGCUUGCAGUGCCUGCAUGGAGAUUGCCAGCUUCAUAGCUUAUGCACUUGAGAACCCCAGCCCCGAGCUGUUGCACCAAGGUCAUGUUCAAGAUAUGGUGGGCGGGAAGCGGGUGCAUAUACCCUAUGUGAAGAGCCAGCAUUAUGCCAGCGACCUUCUAGAGGCUGUAUGCAAUUCAUCCGUGGUUGCAAGGCUGGUCAGGAAAGAGGAUUGGCUGGGGCUGCCCUACUAUGCGCCAGACGAGGUGCCGGUUUACGCAAGGGACGCCCAUGUUGAAGAGAGCCUCUUCUCCGCGUGUGAGAAGCUGACCCACCAGCUGCUUCACCCCGCCCGGGGGAUCCCCCGUCUGACCGACAUAGUGAAAGCUCACCGAGCUCAGGGCGCGCCGGCGUUUAUUUGCACAAACAUCGUCCCAGAUUGCCGGUGGAAAGAUACAUGGAGUGGACGACUGUUUGCCGGAGCCGAGCAAGCAUUUGCCCAUGAUCCAAGCGUGCUCCUUCGACUCGCGCCCUUUGUGACAAUAGGUGUUACUGUUCCGGUUCUGUUUGGUCUUUCCUUUAUAGGACGGGGAGAUUCGCAGACGGACACCGGUAAUGAUGGCGGCACAAAAGCGGUGAGAAAAGGAAAGUCUCGGACCAAACGGAAACAUACCUGAGCUGUCAGAAGUGGAGCACCGUUUGUUUGUUCUGUAUGUCACACGUCGUUGCAUCUUCGGGUUCUGUAUGACUUCAAAUCUGGCGCGGCGGUUUUACCGUCAAGACGGAAAACCGAUUGCGGCGACUUUCCGCUGUAAAGCGCAC